UUGUUGAGUGUAUCAGAAAUACGAUAACAACACUGAGAUCAAGGAUCAACCAACAACUGAGUGUCUUUCUUAUCUACGGCCGAGCCAAUGGGCGAAUGGCUUCUCCGUGAAAUGGCUUGGACCCGGGCCUAAACAGCAGAUCCUCAUUAAACGCCCACGCUGGUGUUUCAACUUAAAAAUUCAAUCAGAUUGUUGGAAAUACUGUCUGGAUCGACAGUAUGUUCCGCCCCUGCCUUCGCCCUUCAUUCUCUUGGGCCAGUUUUCGGCGUUACACCUCUACGGAAGGCCCCGCCCCUCGAGUUUGUGUGGUGGGUUCGGGUCCGGCGGGUUUCUAUACCGCUCAGCAUUUGCUCAAUCAUGGCCCACCUCAAUUGCGGGUGGAUCUGUUGGAACGCCUACCCGUACCCUUUGGUUUAGUCCGAUUUGGCGUGGCGCCCGAUCAUCCCGAGGUCAAAAAUGUGGACCAUACUUUCACGAAAAUUGCCAAAAACCCACGAGUCCAAUUCUACGGCAAUCUCCACGUGGGUGUCGACGUCAAAGUACGGGAAUUGCGGCAGCUCUACGAUAUCGUGAUUCUGUCCUAUGGUGCGGCUCAAGAUCGAAAAUUGGGCGUCCCCGGAGAAGAGCUGUCUAACGUGAUCUCGGCCCGCAGUUUCGUUGGGUUUUAUAACGGGCUUCCGGAAGAUGCGGCCUUGGCCAUGAAUUUGGACGUUGAAGACGCGGCUGUGAUUGGUAUUGGCAAUGUGGCCUUGGACGUGGCUCGAGUCCUGCUCACGCCCAUUGAUACCUUAAGGCAGACCGACAUCACGGACGCGGCCUUGGCUCAACUAUCGCAAAGUCGGAUCAAAAGAGUGUUUGUAAUUGGUCGACGGGGGCCUUUGCAAGUGUCUUUCACUAUCAAAGAACUCCGGGAAAUGGUCAAUCUCGAAGGCUGUUCAGCGGUAUUCAAUCCGGACGAUUUUCGACCUUUCCAGAGUGUCGCUCCUCUGUUGAAGCGACCUCGAAAGAGGCUAACGGAGCUCAUGCUGAAAACGGCCCUAACCCCUCCCACUGAAAAGCAGUUGAAACUGUGGGGCCCUGCCCCCCCAAAGUCUUGGGAACUUCGAUUACUGCGCAGUCCAUUGGCCAUUUUAGGGUCAGACUCGAGCGUAUCGGGUGUUCAGUUAGGGGUGAAUCGCUUGGAUGGGCCCAAUCUCACUGAAGAUCAAGCAGUGGUGUCGACGGGAGAAGUGGAAACCCUCGAGUGCGGCCUGGUUCUCAAAAGUAUCGGUUAUAAGAGUGUCAAAGUGGAAGAAGGGAUCCCUUUCGAUGAACAACGAGGAGUCAUUCCCAACGUGAAUGGGAAGGUGCCCGAUGAACCAGGCCUUUAUUGCUCAGGUUGGUUGGCCACGGGCCCCAAAGGUGUUAUCGUGGAUACCAUGAACGAGUCUUACCGCGUGGGUGCUCAGAUCUUGGAGGACUUGAAACUCGAUCAUAUUUCAGUGCAAGCGAACAGAACAGAGGAGCUGAGGACUCUUCUGGACCAGCGACAAGUUAAGGUAGUCAACUUUGUGGAUUGGGAAAAAAUCGACGAGACGGAGAAACUAUGGGGUGCUUCUAAGGGAAAACCUCGAGAGAAAAUCACGGAGGUUCAAUCACUAAUUUCUGUUGUGAAGAAGCCUUAAUAACCGGAUUGGCUUGAAUCUGUCUCGACCGAAUCGUAGCUGAAAGUGGGUGUCAAAUUAUGAAUUUGUCCAGAUGGAUUUAUGCUUCUCAACAAGGGCGUAUGAGAAGACGGGAAAUGUUGACGGCAUUACGAUUAUUUGAAUUUCGGAUGAGCCCUCAGCAAUAAAAUCAUAAUGAAUUGCCUAAAACACCUAAAUGUUUGAAAUACAUCUUCAAAACACGCGUU